AUGAACAGCACCAUCAAGGCAGCACAUUCCAGUGCAAUUCGAGCUGAGGUAAAGCGACAUGAAAGCAUUCAGAAUACUCUCAGCAAACUUUACAAACAGCUGGAGAGAGUUGAGAACUUGCAGCUCCGGACAGGUCUGAAAGUCUAUCUUCACAGUAUUCAGGUAUCAUGUGCUAACAGUCAGGAAUGGACUUUGAGUCGCUCUAUUCCAGAACUACGUCUGGGAGUUCUAGGUACCCUUCGUAGUGGGAAGACAGCACUGGUGAACAGAUAUAUCACUGGAAGUUACCUACCACUGGAAUCAGUAGAAGGUGGGAGAUACAAGAAGGAGGUGUUGGUUGAUGGGCAGAGUAACUUGUUACUGAUUCGAGAGGAAUCUGGGCUUCCAAACCCACAGUUCAGUAAUUGGGUGGAUGCUGUUAUACUGGUAUUCAGUUUGGAGAACGAGGCCAGUUUCCAGGAGGUGUACAAGAACUUCAGCGAGCUGAGCACACAUCGAAACGUCACAGAGAUUCCACUUAUAGUCGUGGGGACACAAGACAAGAUCAGCAGCACUAACGUCCGUGUGAUUGAGGACAAGAGAGUACAGCAGCUGUGCACUGAUGUGGGGAAAUGUGCUUACUAUGAAACCUGUGCUACCUAUGGACUUAAUGUGGACAGAGUGUUCACUGAGGUGACCAAGAAGAUAGUAGCACUUAAGAAGCAAGCUGCUCUAGCCGCAUCUGUCGUCAAUUCUCCAACACACUCAGGGGCUUCCACACCAGUGUCAGGAUCUUUUCCUGGGCAGGCCAGUAAUGGAGGGCAAACUAAUGAAUAUUCCUCUUCCUUGCCGUCUACCCCUGUGAUAAGCCACAAAGACAUUCGCGGAGGAGCAGGGUUAGAUGGGGGCUCUCAAAGAAACGCCCCUCGCCGAAGGACCUCCCUGUUUGCGAACCGCAGAGGAAGUGAUUCAGAUAAAAGGGUGGUGGAAAACAGAGGAGACCAAGGCACCAGCAGGUCAAAUGUUAUUAAACAAGGCACGCUUUGGAAACGUAGUGGGAGCUCAAUCAACAAAGAAUGGAAGAAGAAAUAUGUCACUCUGUCCAGUAAUGGCAUGCUGUCCUACCACUCCAGUGCCACGGACUAUAUGCAGAAUGUUCAUGGUAAAGAGAUGGACUUGUUACGCGUGACAGUGAAGGUGCCAGGGAAACGCCCACCUCGGGCAGUCACUGCCAGUGCCCCAAGUCCGGGUGUCAAUGGGCUUGGAAAGGAUAAAGCGACAUCAGAGGGAGUUGCACCAUCAAAUCUCUUAACUGUUGACGAAGCAGAGAGGAGUGGCUCUGCAACCACCAGUGAACGAGGGAUUAAACGCUGUCCAUCAACUUUAUCCAAUAAGGCACAGAGCAUGGGUCUGUUAAAUAUCUUACUCAGCGAGGCAGCUUUCCCAUCCUCUCCAAUGACUGACAGGAGGAAGAACAGACGAAAAAAGAGCAUGAACCAAAAAGGCGAUGCAGUAAUUGGGCAGGCUGAGGAGGAAGAGAAUGCAGACUUCAUUAUCAUAUCAAGCACAGGGCAAAGCUGGCAUUUUGAAGCCCAGAGUCUUGAGGAGAGGGAUGCCUGGGUUUUGGCAAUUGAGGGUCAGAUCCUUGCCUGUCUGCAGUGUUGUGAGAGCAGGAAUAAGGCUCAGAAGAGCAACCCAAAUGCAGCAGUGGCACUGCAGGCCAUCCGCAACACAAAAGGAAAUGACCUUUGUGUGGACUGUGGGGCAUCAAACCCAACAUGGGCAAGUUUAAAUCUAGGGGCACUGAUCUGCAUUGAGUGCUCAGGGAUCCACCGAAACCUGGGGACUCAUUUGUCUCGUGUCCGGUCCCUGGGCCUGGAUGACUGGCCCAGUGAACUGACUAAGGUGCUAAAUGCCAUUGGGAAUCACAUGGCAAACAGCAUCUGGGAAAGCUGCACACAAGGAAGAGAAAAGCCCACACCUGAAGCCACAAGAGAACAAAGGGAGUGUUGGAUCCGUGCCAAAUACGAACAGCGGGCAUUUGUGGCACCACUGUCUGGUCGGGGAGAGAAGUCAGGAGAAGAAAUGUCUUCCCAACUCCUAAAAGCCGUGACUGAGAGAGACCUCCCCAGGCUGCUUCUGCUGCUGGCUCACAGCACGAAGGAACAAAUCAACGCCCCACUUCCUCAAUUGCUGCCACUACCACAGCCACACAGUGCUCUGCAUGCAGCCUGCCAGCUGGGUGAUGUGGUUAUGACUCAGCUCUUGGUCUGGUACGGCAGUGACGUAAAAGCGAAGGAUCAGCAGGGCCAGACUGCCCUCACGCUGGCAAGACAAGCUGGGAGCAAAGAGUGUAUUGACAUCCUUUUGCAUAAUGGAUGCCCCAAUGACCUUCCUCCCACCAUCCAGACACCAAGUCUAUCCCGAAAGAGCAGUAUCACUAGUCUGGGGAGGGUGAACUCCUCCAGGAGAAGGGUUUCUUAA